CUUCGGCGACGAGUUUGGAGCCGCCCCACCGCAGAGCCCACGGCCGGCCCAGCGCGAGCGACGCAGGUGCCGGAGCCCCCGCGCCGCCGCCAUCUCUGCCUCCGCCUGGGUUGGACCCCAGCCUCGAGAUUUACUGUUUUCCAGGUGUACGUCUCUGAAGUAAGAUGAUCUGUCAAAAGUUCUAUGUGGCUUUGUUACAUUGGGAAUUCAUUUGUGGGAUAACCGCAUUUAACUUGGCAUAUCCAAUUAGUCCCUGGAAAUUUAAGUUGUCUUGCAUGCCACCGAAUACAACAUAUGACUUCCUCUUGCCUGCUGGAAUCUCAAAGAACACUUCAAAUUUGAAUGGACAUUAUGAGGCAGUUGUUGAAACUAAACUUAAUUCAAGUGGUACCUACUUAUCUAACUUACCAUCCAAAACAACUUUUCACUGUUGUUUUUGGAACGAGGAAGAUAAAAACUGCUCUGUGUGUGCAGACGACGUUGAAGGGAAAGCAUUUGUUUCAACAGCAAAUUCUUUAGUUUUUCAACAAAUAGGUGCAAACUGGAACAUACAGUGCUGGAUGAAAGAGGACUUGAAAUUAUUGAUCUGUUAUAUGGAGCCAUUAUUUAAGAAUCCUUUAAAGAAUUAUGACCUUAAGGUCCAUCUUUUAUAUGUUCUGCUUGAAGUGUUGGAAGAGUCACCUUGGCCCUCCCAGAAAGACAGUUUUCAGAUUGUUCAGUGCAACUGCAGUGUUCACAAAUGUUGUGAAUGCCACGUGCCUGUGCCAACAGCCAAACUCAAUUACACCCUUCUUAUGUAUUUGAAGAUCACAUCUGCUGGAGUAACUUUUCACUUACCUCCAAUGUCAGUUCAGCCCAUAAAUGUCGUGAAGCCUGAUCCACCAUCAGGUUUGCAUAUGGAAAUCACGGACACUGGUGAUUUAAAGAUUUCUUGGUCCAGUCCAGUAUCAGUACCAUUUCAACUUCAGUAUCAAGUGAAAUAUUCAGAGAAUUCUACAACAAAUACGAGAAAAGCUGAUGAGAUUGUCUCAGCUGCUUCUCUGCUAGUAGACAGUGUGCUCCCUGGGUCUUCCUAUGAGGUUCAGGUGAGGGGCAAGAGACUGGAUGGCCCAGGAAUCUGGAGUGACUGGAGUACACCGCUUAUCUUUACCACACAAGAUGUCAUAUACUUCCCACCUAAAAUUCUGACAAGUGUUGGAUCUAACGUUUCUUUUCACUGCAUCUAUAAAAAUGAAAACAAGAUUGUUUCCUCAAAAAAGAUUGUUUGGUGGAUGAAUUUAGCUGAGAAAAUUCCUCAAAGCCAGUAUGAUGUUGUGGGUGACCAUGUUAGCAAAGUUACUUUUCCCAAUCUGAAUGCAACCAGACCUCGAGGGAAGUUCACCUAUGACGCAGUGUACUGCUGCAAUGAGCACGAGUGCCACCAUCGCUAUGCUGAGUUAUAUGUGAUUGAUGUCAAUAUCAAUAUAUCAUGUGAAACUGAUGGGUACUUAACUAAAAUGACUUGCAGAUGGUCAACUAAUGCAAUCCAAUCACUUGUGGGAAGUGCUUUGCAGCUGAGGUAUCAUAGGAGCAGCCUUUACUGUUCUGAUGUUCCAUCUGUUCAUCCCAUAUCUGAACCCAAAGACUGCCACUUGCAGAGAGAUGGUUUUUAUGAAUGCGUAUUUCAGCCAAUCUUUCUGUUAUCCGGCUAUACAAUGUGGAUUAGAAUUAAUCACCCGUUGGGUUCACUUGACUCGCCACCAACGUGUGUCGUUCCUGAUUCGUGGGUAUUGAAACCACUGCCUCCAUCCAGUGUGACAGCAGAAAUUACUGUAAAAAUUGGAUUAUUGAAAAUAUCUUGGGAAAAGCCAGUCUUUCCAGAAAAUAAUCUUCAGUUUCAGAUUCGCUAUGGUUUAAGUGGAAAAGAAGUACAAUGGAAGAUGUAUGAGGUGUAUGAUGCAAAAUUAAAAUCCACCAGUCUCCCCGUGCCAGACGUGUGUGCCGUCUACGCCGUCCAGGUGCGCUGUCAGAGGCUGGAUGGACUGGGGUAUUGGAGUGAUUGGAGCACUCCGGCCUACACCACUGUUACAGAUAUACAAGUUCCUCUCAGAGGACCCGAAUUUUGGAGAAUAAUUAAUGAAGACAUCACUAAAAAAGAGAGAAAUGUCACUUUGUUUUGGAAGCCCCUGAUGAAAACUGACUCAUUGUGCAGUGUGAGAAGGUAUGUGGUGAAACAUUAUACUUCCCGCGUCGGAACGUGGUCAGAAGACGUGGGGAAUCACACUAAAUUCACUUUCCCAUGGACAGAGCAAGCGCAUUCUGUUACAGUUCUGGCCAUCAAUUCAAUUGGUGCUUCUUCUGCAAAUUUUAACGUAACAUUCUCAUUGUCUAUGAGUAAAGUAAAUAUCGUGCAGUCACUCAGCGCUUAUCCUUUAAACAGCAGUUGUGUGAUUCUUUCCUGGGUGCUGUCACCCAGUGAUUACAACCUGACGUACUUUAUUCUCGAGUGGACAAUUCUUAAUGAAGACAAUGAAAUUAAGUGGCUUAGAAUCCCUUCCUCUGUUAAGAAGUAUUAUAUCCAUGAUCACUUUAUCCCCAUUGAGAAGUAUCAGUUUAGUCUUUACCCAAUAUUUAUGGAAGGAGUGGGGAAACCGAAGAUAAUUAAUAGUUUUACCCAAGGUGACGAAAAACACCAGAAUGAUGCAGGUCUAUAUGUAAUUGUGCCAAUAAUUAUUUCCUCUUCCAUCUUGUUGCUUGGAACAUUGUUAAUAUCACACCAAAGGAUGAAAAAGCUGUUUUGGGAAGAUGUUCCAAACCCCAAGAACUGUUCCUGGGCACAAGGACUUAAUUUUCAGAAGAGAACGGAUAUUCUUUGAAGCCUAAGCAUGGUCACUACGAUGAACCCAAUGUACCAACUUCCCAACAUCCUGUAGCAUAUUAGAAGAGUUUUACAUUUUGAAGAAGGGGAGACAAUCUAAAAAACAUUUGGUUGAACUGUUGAGAACUAAAAUAUGGUGGAUUAUGUUGAUUUAGAACUUAUAGUAGAUGGUUAAAUUUGGGAUCAAGCUAUAGGUCUUAGUCCAAUUCAGUCUUUAUGUAUGAUUACUUUUUGGGUCAUCUAAACUUUACAAAGUCAUAUUUAUGAUAUCUGACUUUUUAGAUUUGUCAUUUGGUCAUAAAACAUUAAAAAAUUGACUACCGCUCUUACCACAUAUCUGUUAGAUAUCAUCAAAUAUACAGUAGACAUGCUGUCAUCAGGUGAAAAUGGCAACUUCUGACACGUAGCUUUGCAAAUACAAUGGCUCUGAAUAUAGAAUGCAGUAAAAGUAUUAAAUUUUAUGUCCAAAUUUUUUCAAUUUAUAUUCUGUAGAUCAGCCUGUAAACUGACCCAUUUGGGUGUUCUUUUGAAUGUCUUGUGGCUUUUAUGUAUAUCUAACCUUAGUCAAUAUGGGAAUUUUCAUUUUCAGCAGCCUUGAAAAUGGCUUAAGUCCUAACUUCCAUUUCAGCUCAGAGAAAGCCAGAAGUUACCAUUUGUGCUGGUCAAAGGCCAGUAGAAGUUACAGUUCAUAUCAGGAUGACCUGGUCAGAGUGACCAGAUCAGAAAACACACCAGCCUCCAAUUCAGCCUCCUUGUGAAAUUCUUGACUAAAUGUAAUUUAUUUACACUGAACCACCCAAAGCUUCUGGCAGGCAGGGAAGUGGGCAGUGAUGCAAAAAGGGAGACUGUCUGGAGCUUUUAGAAAUUGUUCAUGGCAAACUCAGGGCUUUUCUCCCUGAAAAAAAAAGGCCACCUGCUAUUUCUCUGAAGUUGCCUUGUGUGCUGUGUUGCUCACAUUCAAAAUAAACCAAAGCCUCUAUCUGACGAACCCAAAUAAUAUUAAAAUUUAGGCUACAUAUGGGUUACGUACAUUUAGAUUUCAUUCCUAGUUUGAUGUUUAAUGUUAAAAAAGACCCUAAAGAUCAGAAAGAACGUGUCCUUUUCCCCCUUUGUUGACUUGUAAUAGAUGUCAUUGGAAUGUGAAAUCUAAGCGUGAAAAUAUGAAAGGCUAUUCUUUAAUUCUUGCCAGCUGAAUACAUAUUUAAUAUACUCCCAGACUGUUCUAAAAUCUUGAAAAAUUAGAUAUAUAUAAUGAUUUAAAUGAUUUUUUAAUUAACAUACUUUUUGUGACCCACUGAUAAAAUAUACUUUAAUACUAGAUGGACAUGUGAUUUCUUUUUCAUUAUUAGUGAAAUUUCAUCAGUUGUAUUUGAGGACAUGUAAAUUAUUUAGUGUCAAUAAUUAAUUGCCAACUAUGAAGUUUGAGAGGGCAUGAAAUAUGCCAGACAUGUCAUUGGAAGAACAUUUGUGAGUUUGGCUGCAUGCCGUGGGCUGUUUAUGUGUAUUUUUUGUUUUCAUGUUGAUACCAUGCAAUUCCUUUAUUUGGAGGGCUUAAUUUCUUAGUUUCAUUUAAACUGUAAGAAAUUCAAUACAUUUAUGGUAAAAAAAAACACCUUAAGAAAACAAAAUAAGCAAGAAAAUAUUUUCAGGAAAUUAUAAAUCUAAUUAUAGGUUUCUGUCAGAAAGAAUAUGGGCACAGGAAUAGUUUUCUCUCAAGUGUUAUGUUUGUAGGAUAACAGAAAAGCUUGUGUUAAUACAGGAUCUGUCAUUAUGCAGCAUUUUAACAUCUGUAUGUCUAUUCCAUUAUUAUAUUUAGUGUCUGUUAUAUUUAUUCCUUUAUGGUUAUAAUCACCACUAUAUUUCAUUUAAAAGUUCAAAACUAUAUUAAAUGAAUUGUGUUUUUAUAUGGAAUAUAUUUGCCUUUAUGAAGAAUAGUUGGUUAUAUUGUUGUUUCAGGCAAUAAAUCUGAAUUCAAUUCUAUUAGUUUAAGAAUUGUAAAAUUCAGAAGUUUAAUUAAUGUAAAAUACACAAAUGGAACACAUUUUCUGUAGCACUUCAUUUUAGUUGUGUUAAUUUUUCAAUGUGAUGUGUCCACAGUAUUCUUUAUUUUGCAUUUAUUUUUUCAAUAUGUUUACAUUGUAUGAGCUGAGCUUUUUGCACAGAUUUUUGCUUUGUAGCUGCUUGGCAGGAUUUUUUGUUGUGUGUAACCACUGUUCUCAUAAAAAUUAUGAUGUGCA